GGCCCCGUGGCGCCUGCGCAGUGGCGGCGGGGCGGCGGAGCGGCCCUGGCUGUUGUUAUUGUGGGGCUGGUCUGCGCCGCGCGAACAUGGCGGCUGGGCAGGGGGGCGGCGGCGGCGGUAACGGCAACGGCAACGGAGCGGGGGGGCUGGGGAUCCCCGCUCACCUCACUCUCUCCUUCUCGGCCGGGCCGCACUGGGGCGCGGCGACUCUGCCGCAGCCGCACACGGUGCGCAGCCUUGACCGGGCCCUGGAGGAGGCGGGCAGCUCGGGCAUCCUCUGCCUCAGCGGGAGGAAGCUGCGCGACUUCCCCGGCAGCGGCUACGACCUCAGCGACACCACGCAAGCAGAUCUUUCAAAGAACAGAUUUACUGAAAUUCCUUCUGAUGUCUGGCUGUUUGCACCACUGGAAACUUUAAAUUUGUAUCACAACUGCAUCAAAUCCAUUCCAGAAUCUAUUAAAAACCUGCAAAUGCUUACCUACCUUAACAUUAGUCGAAAUCUUUUAUCAACAUUGCCAAAAUACCUGUUUGAUCUUCCACUUAAAGUUCUGGUUGUCAGUAAUAAUAAGCUGGUCUCCAUUCCUGAAGAAAUUGGAAAGUUGAGAGAUCUAAUGGAGUUGGAUAUUAGCUGUAAUGAACUUCAGGUUCUUCCCCAGCAGAUAGGAAAAUUGCAGUCACUUAGAGAAUUAAACAUAAGAAGAAAUAAUCUCCAUAUGUUGCCAGAUGAAUUAGGAGACCUUCCCUUGGUAAAGCUGGAUUUUUCCUGUAAUAAAAUUACAGAAAUUCCAAUUUGUUACAGAAAGUUACGUCACUUACAAGUUAUAGUUUUGGAUAACAAUCCAAUGCAGAUACCACCAGCACAGAUAUGUUUGAAGGGUAAAGUACAUAUAUUUAAAUUCCUCAGCAUUCAGGCGUGCCUCAGAAUUGAUAAAAAACCAGAUUCUUUGGAUCUUCCAUCAUUAGGUAAACGAAUCCCCUCCCAGCCACUCACAGACAGCAUGGAGGACUUUUAUCCCAACAAAAAUCAUGGACCAGACUCUGGCAUCGGAAGCGAUAAUGGGGAUAAAAGGUUGUCCACAACGGAACCAUCUGAUGAUGAUACAAUCAGCCUUCACUCCCAGGUAUCGGAAUCAACAAGGGAACAGACAUUAAGGAAUGACAAUCAUGUAACAGGAAGUAAACUCGAUCCACAGAAAGACCACGAGCUCUAUGAUUAUAUUGAUCCAAAUGCAGAAGAGGGAGCUGUUCAUGAGCAAGGAGAUGUACAGGUUGGACCAUUGCCGUCUUAUAUCAAGGAACGGGGAAAACACCCGGAGAAAUCCCAGAAAAUAGAACAGAAUGAGGACUGGGGAGAUGAAAAAAGACUUCAAAAAGAACAGCUGCUGGCUGAAGAUGAUGACGAACUCAAAGAAGUGACUGACUUGAGAAAAAUAGCAGCUCAGUUACUGCAGCAAGAGCAAAAACACAGACGAAGGCCAUUAAGCUGUAGAACUUCAUUCAGUGAAAAACUCUUCCAGAGGACAAGGGCAGCAGGACGUGCAUCAAGGCUUCUUAAUCAUUCGGUUUCAGUAAGCACAAGGAACAGGCCAAAGCAGCCAAUGGAAUCUGAAAAAUGCAUCUCAACAGAUGAAGUGAAUUCUCCGGUGUCUCCAUACAGCUGGCAGCCACUGGAAAACCAGAAGGACUCAAUGGAUGAGCAUAAUUGGCCAGAAACACAGCCAGUGAUAUGGCAGAAUGAAGAAAGGAGGAGAAGUAAACAAAUUAGAAAAGAGUAUUUCAAGUAUAAGUCUUCCAGAAAGAGUUCAAGUGGAAAUGAAAAUGAUGAGCAAGACAGUGAUAAUACUAAUGUGUCCCCACAGUCUCCUGUGUCAUCUGAGGAUUAUGAAAGGACAGAUAGUAAUGCUCAUGGUCCAUUUGGUCUCAAACCAAGGUCAGCUUUCAGCCGUGCAUCUCGCCAGGACUAUGGUGCAGUGGAUCCUGGAUUUACAAUGAGGAGGAAAAUGGAGCAUUUAAGGGAAGAAAGGGAACAAAUAAGACAGCUUCGCAAUAAUCUUGAAUCAAGGUUAAAAGUAAUUUUGCCAGACGACAUUGGAGCGGCAUUGAUGGAUGGAGUAGUUCUUUGCCAUUUAGCCAAUCACAUAAGGCCACGUUCUGUUGCCAGCAUUCAUGUACCAUCGCCAGCAGUGCCUAAACUCAGUAUGGCAAAGUGCCGAAGAAAUGUUGAAAACUUUCUUGAUGCUUGUAAAAAAUUGGGUGUUCCACAGGAGAGACUUUGCUUGCCUCAUCACAUUCUGGAAGAAAGGGGUCUGGUCAAGGUUGGCCUCACAGUUCAAGCUUUGCUUGAAUUGCCAGCGUUGAAAGUGUCUCAGCUUUCCUCCAUGUGACAUGACUUCUUGGAAGCUAGACAACUUACCAUUCAGUUGAUUUGGAUUGCUCUGAGGCAGUUCAGCUUCCUACAUAGGAACAUCCAAGCCAUCAAAAACUAGUAUCUGUCCAGAUGCUGUAGAGAGCCUUACUUUGGAGUUGUACAUGAAAACCUUGGAGUCAGCUGACAGUUAAAAGAACAUAAGUGUUCUUCUUUUCUUUUGUAAUUGGAUGCACAAAGAGAUGUGGUAACAUCAGGUUCUCUUUCCAGUUAAUUUGAAUUCAAAGCUGCCCUUCAACAUUUCACGUUGUUAGAGUUAAAUGCUGGAUUUCUUUUCCUACAUUGAAAAUGUUGUUUGAAUUAUUUUAGAACUACAAAGUACGUCUCCCCUCACUUUAAUCUUUAAAGUCAAUCAUUUGAUUUAAAGGUAAGACAAAAAUGUAGCGAUGGUAUGAUGGUAAAAAUGCGAGCGACUGAUCACUUGUAAUCCACUUUCACUCUCUCAGAAAGCUUAAUAUUUGUGUUCUGUCUUUUGCACUCCUGAUUGUAACUUACACACUUCUAACCUUGCCAAUAUUUAGUCUGAGUGUACGGUGAUUACACAAAACAGUAUACAAUGGGAAAAGGACAUAUUUUGAGUUUUUUCCAGUCUUCUAGGUUGGUGCCAAAUAUUUUUUUCAGUUGUACUGUAGAUUGUUUACAUGUGAAGUGCCUGUGUAAUUGAUAACUCUUAAUAGUCUUAAACAUUUUUGAAAUUUCUUUAAAAUAGAUCAAAUGGAAAUUUUUAAAUAUUUUAAUAUUUUUUGUAAAAUCAGUAUGUGAAGGUUUAAGUAAUACUUCACAUUUUUGAUGUUGGGUGUUUUUAAGUUUGUUGCACAAUUGGUUAUUUUGUUGUCUAAUAAUUAGAAAAUACUGUAAAUACUUUUUAUUUAUGAUAUUUAAUUUGAUAAUACCUGAUCACUUUUGGUUUAAUGUAUUGUUGGACAAAAAAAGUUGUCUACUUUUUCUUUGUUUGGGAGAAACAAAUAUACACGGUGAGUAAGACAUGAGGACUAGUGAUGCAUACAGAGUAACUUAGGACGUUUUGAUAAAACUGCCAAAAUCUCAGGUUUACGCUGUGACUUUCAGGAUUUUGUGUAAUAUUGCUCCUGAUCUCACAUUACAUUUUUACAACAGAUAUAUCCGUAAUUUAGUUGAGAAAUAUCAGUGUUUAUCUUUUUAGUGUUUAUGGGAUUUAUUGUGUAAUUUACACGAGUGUGCCAUAGCACACAAAUCAGUUUGUACAAAUGUCACUGUGCUGAGACAGACUUUUCUGGAUAAAUGUGAAAAAAGAAAAAUUUUCACUGUGGUGGCUUUUUGAAACUUCGGAGUUUUACGUAUUUGUUUCUGCACAAAUAUUUGGUGUUUUGAGAGCAUUCUGACACAGUUGAGUUCUUCUCCAAACAAGUUGCAAAUAACUUCAUGAUUUUAGUAAUAAAUCUGUUUGCAUUAGUUUGUUCUUCAUGAGUAGGUAGCUCAAUUAGGAAAAAAAAAGUUGUCACAGAUUUGAUAUUUCAGGCUAAAUCGGUCUCGAUUGAGGGAUGUUUGCUAAGUGUGUAACAAGAUUUGAUUCUGUUCUUUCCAGUUGAUCACGACUCUAUGUAAUAUAAUUCAUAAAAGAAUGAGGGAGGGUAUAAUUUACUCCUUACUUCAUUUACUAUAGUCCUUAAAAUCAAUAGCUGAGAGAAAAAAUAUAAUUUUUUCUAAUUACAAGAUUUUUUAAAAAAGAUAUAUUAGUUUGAAAUCCAUUGAAACAAACUGAUUCAUGUGUAAUGGUUAAAAACCACUAUGAUUUAUGUAGUGCUUUCUUAAAAUACAGCUCAUGGAGAGGCUGGUGUAAAACUUAAUUUACAAAGUCCUAGAUAUAAAUAUUAGGUUACAUAAAUACUUGUUCAAGGAAACUGGAUUGCUUUGACCUUUGAAACAUGGCAUUUCAAAUAUUUCUAAUUGUUUUUUAAAUAAUUCACAUAUUACUAAUUUUAACCACUUCAAUCCCUAUUUAUCAUUAAACGCAGUAUGUGAAAAGCCAUGCUAAGACUAAAAUGAAAAAGUAAUAUAAUUCAUUAAGCAAAAUGUGUGUGUGUCUACCACAUUUGGAGAACACAACUACUCAAAAAGAAUGAGUCAGUCUUUCAUUCUUUGCUGUGGUAUUUGACAACAGCAGCAAAGUUCUAUUACAGUAUGUUAGCUGUAGAAUUGCUAACAGUAAAUUGUCACUUUUAGUUAUCAGGCUUUAAACUGAUUUACACUACUAUUUCAUUGUCAUAGAAAUAGUUUUCUGAAUGUUUUCUGAUCUUAAAGUAACUUUUUUCCUACUAGAGCUAAAUUUAUAAAGUUGCAUCACAGUGUAAACUUUAAGAAUUGCCUUGGUCUAGCGUGCCAGGUGCUUACUGUUUUUUUAAGCUUAGCUUAUUUCCCAAGUAACUUGAAAACUGGAUAUGAAAUUAAUGCACUCAUUUUAAACUGUAUCUCUGAAGUUCAGAACUACUAUAAAAUUACUUUUUUUAGUACUCUGGAGUUCUUCCCCACAAACUUGCUUAGAAACAGCCUUGCUUUGGCAUUCAUUGGAAACUAUUAUGGCUGCCUUCAUGCUUAUGGGGAAGGAUAGUCAUGAUUCUUCCAGGGCUUCCUUUUCAGCAUUUAGCAAAGACUAAGGCCUUCAAAUACCCUUAGGAGCAAUCUGAGAAAUGGUCCACUGUGCUGGGAUGAAUCUUUUCUUAUCUUUCUUUAGUUGCUUUUACAAAUAAUAAUAAUAAUCUAAAGCCUUGCUAAAAUUGGCCAUUCCCAUUGUGAUUUUUAUUAGGAGCAAUUGCAAAAAGAGAUGCUGAAAAAGCUUAGAAUUUUAAGAAAAGUUUAGAAAUUUAAAGAAUUUAAUUUUAAAGCUGCUUGUGGAAAUUGUGGCUGUCUUCCCUGUACAAGAACUUGCUCUACUAUCCCCUUUCUCCCUUUCCAUUUGAUUCCGAGCAUCAUUUUAUUUAUUUUUUUGUUCACAGAUCUAGUGACUUCACAUUGUUCAUUACUGCAUGCCACUUUCCUCCUGCAUCUUUACUUUUUUUUUUUAAGAAAUUGCUCCAGUGGCAUUGGAGAGUUACUGUGAUUCCAGAAUCCCUGUUCCCAACAUUUAGAUGUUUGAGAGGUUCUUUCCCUAUUUUAUUCAGGAUGCAGUGUCACCACUUCAUACUUGGUACAGCUGAUAGGAUGGUCAAAACCAGGCCUGCCCAAUUCCUAUUGUAGUCACUCAUUUUUUACUUUGGACAUGAAGAAAAGUUAAUGUUAAAAGCUGUAGGAAACUGCAUUAAGUUUUCCUAAUAAAUUCAAGAGUUAUGCUAUACAAAGUUCCUGCAAUAAUGUGGUAUGAACUGUAAAUUACAGAGUGAAUCAACAGACUGACAGGGCUUCUGGCCUUGUGUGCGUAUUCUGUUUUUGCUGUCAUCGGAUGCAGUAUGUCACACAUGAAUGAUCUUUUAUUUAAGCAAUAAUGUCCCAGUUAUUGUGACAUCUUAAAGCAGUAGCAUUGAAAUAAUUGUUGUAAAGUGUGGUGAAUUCCCACACAGUAUGUCAGAAAUGCUUCACACCUAACACUGCUAAUCCGGUGUGCUCGUGGGGGCACUGCUGGGCAUGCAGAAAACCAUCCGUGCCCAUGUGCCUGGAGGCCAAAAUAUAUCGUAUUCCAAAAUAUUAUAUUGUUAUUAUAUUGCUCUAUUCCAAAAUAUAAACCGAAACCUAAGAUUAUAAUAAAAUAUGGAGGAGUAAAUUUGAAACAAUAACUAUGACAUGAAUCAUAAGAAUUUCUGAGUAAAAUCGUAGCUUCGUUGAAGUCAGUGCAAGUUCUGCUCUUGACUUCAGUAAAGAUUUACCUUUUUAAUUUAUUGAACACCUGAGCUGGAGACCAUAUCAAACAUGGCUUAAACUUGCUUGACACUAGCAAAGCUUUAGUGUCAAAUUCUUGACUGAAAAUAGCGAUCUCUGGUAAGUCAAAGGAAGCUGUAAAAUAGUGCACUGAUUCAUUUAUUUAAUACAAAAUCUGAUAUGCCAUAUGCAGUAUUAGGACGGUAGGAAAAAUGACUUCGAAGCACAGCUUUCAAACUAUGGGAAGGAAUGUCGCCUCAGUAGAAUUGAAAGUGAGGCCUGCCAUCAGUUACGUACCACACUAAAAACUUUAUUUCAGAUAUCCUAUUGUUUAGCGUCAGUCUUCUCAGAGUUUGACAUAAAUCUGUAGCCAAAUUCAAUCAAAAAAUGAAAAGGCAUCUGUUUUCACUAAAACCAAAUUUUCAUAUGUCUUCUCAGUAUUGAAGAGAAGGACAAAGGUCUGAUGCUUCUAACUUCUGCUGAUUUCUUAAAUGCUUGUAUUAAAGGUAGCUGUUGUAUGUAACAGAGCUGCAGUCUGCCUGUUUGUCUCGGAAUCGGUCUGUAUAGCAAUGCAGAGAUGAAGCACGUUAAUAAUUCAGCUGAUUUCAACAGAAAGCAACUUGUGGGAGUUUUUAGCGCUUUCUGCAGAUAGGAGAUGAAGUUUGAUUUACCGAUACAAAAUCUCUGUUUCCUCACUAAGGCUAAUGUAUGUGUUUCAAGAGGUACAUCAUAUUAAACAGUGACCUCUACUUGAAAAACAGAAGCAAAUAAACAAAACACCACCCCAACACACAGAAAGUUGGUGAAAUAUUUUGUUUACAGGUUACUAUUUGGAAUUAAACAGAAAACCAGAAGUCAUUAAGACCAGGAAUGGGAAGGGCAAAGUAUAGUUGUCCAAGGAGAGGGUGCUCUGAGUUGAUUUCAAGCUGAAUCACUUCACAAUGAAAAGCCUUUAGAUUUAGUAGAGAAUGAAAUAGAUGUUUUGUAGCUACUGCAUGCUGAGGGAGAGAGAUCCUUAAGUGCACGGAGCUUUCUGUAGAGGUUACAAUCACAAGAAAUCUGGCAUCUCUGUUUUCCCAAAGACUGUGUAUUUUGGAUAGCUCUAUCCCAGUGCUGCAGAAAGAACACUGCCCAUUCCAAGCCCUGGAUAGGGUACCUAGCUGGUGCCAUUUGUGCUACCCUCUGGCUUUGUAAAGAUGAGACUGGCCCGUGUGGUACAACUUCUCAAGGAAACGCCUCCUUGCUGCUGCCUUCUCCUGCAUAGGCUGCAGAAUUAUUUUAAAUACAUGUUUGCAAUCUGAAUGAAAACACUAAAGAAAGCUAUAAUGUUACUUGAGAUAAGUAGAUGUUUACCAGUAUUUGACUUCCACCAGCAAAGAAUGAUGUAGUGAGACCGAGGAAGCUUGCUCUAGGAACUACAGCACUUCACUGGCUGAAAAUUGCACCAGGACUCUUAACAGGUUAGUGCGUCACUCGUCUCAUGUGAGUGAAUCAAAACAGUAAUACUCCUUGUUCCAUACACAACACACUGUGGGAUAUAUGUAAUUCAUUUACAAACGGAGGGAAGGGCGAGCUGUAUUUUUUAUUCAGGAGUUUUAUGGCACAGAUCUCUUUGGUAAAAUAAAUACGAAGGUGAAUAAUUUUUCUCUUCACGUGAAGAAAAUUUCUGCUGAUCUUGACUGUUAAAAUAGAGAACAUAAGUGAUUAACUGAAUUUUAGUUUAAACUUGCCGCUGCACAGGAGCAGUUCUGUGUCCUGUGUUUCUUACAUAAUAAAAUGCUGCUUUGCUUUAUUUGUCUUUAAGUAUUUCACAUAGUACAGUUCUGACAACAUGUUAUCUUAAAAUUGUGGUUAUAUGCAGUAUUUGUUCCCUCAUUGGUUUUGACCUUUUUUCUUAAUGUGGGAGGCAAAGGGAGGCAAAAUUGCUGUAAGCUACUUGAUUGAUUUCUAUGGCAGGAAUACAAGUUAUUAUAAAAAUGACAUAAGUUCAAAUUUUUAUAGCGAACUACAUCUUCAAAGAAGAAUUUUUAAUGUGUUUUUUCCAUAUCCAUUUUAGAAUCCUAAUCUUAAAACAAACAAAGUCUUUCCAGGGCUACUUUAGUAUCUUAGCAAAUAUUGAAGGAGAGGAAUAGCUUAAACUGAGAGCAAAUGUAAUUGUUUUGGGAAACUUUCCAUUUUGGCAGUGUUAGGUGUACAGUUGGACUCGAUCUUAAAGGUCUGGUCCAACCUAAAUGAUUCUAUGGCUUUAGUGAAAGCAGAAUUUCUCGCAGUAGUUUUCACUGAGCUACAACAUGAAGUCAAUAAUUUAAAAUUCGUUCUUGGCACUAAUAAGGAUUUUCUCACUUCUUUCAAAAUUGUGUAAAAUAAGGCAAACUUACCAUUUUUUUAACAAUAGUUUUAUGAAGGCAGGUUGUGAAAUAGAGAAUAUUUGGAAAUAAUCACAAGGAUACUUAUUUGUUUUGUUUCAUUUUGAAUAAGAGUGAACCAGUGAAAUCUUUCCAGAAUUGCUGUAUUUGGUUUAGGAUUUGGUCGUGCCGUUCCUGGCAUGAGAACUCCCAUUGUUCGGUAUCACCGCGCUUUCUGGAGCGUGUGCAAGAUUAUGCUCUUCAGAUGCAACUCUUAAUACAGUUGUGUCUGCUGAACUGAUGUGUUUCAUUAAUUAUGGCUGCAAGGGUGGGAAUUCCUAGCGGCAACUGUGCAUGUCCGUUGCACCAGCAAAGCUUUGAUGCCCACGAGGGCGUACACAGGCGAUGCAAAAGGGUGGUUUGGCGUAUUACGUUGCGAAUAAUGUGAAUACUUGUUUACUAUUAUGUAAUGUGUAGAACAAGGAAAAUACGAUUGCUUUACAAUUAUCGUUGAGUUGGUAUUCAGUUAUUUUAUUUUGUAACUCAUGAUUAUAAAACUCAGAAAAUGCAAUGUAACCGAACGGUCAAUAUGUGAAUGUGUGCAGGACAUGACGGCAGUAGUUCUGUGGCGCAGUUGGAGAGUGAUCAUUUAAAAAUAGAUGCUUAAAAUGUGUAUAUACUUGCAGCAUCUUUGAUAGUGCAUUUUAAUUAAUUUUGCAUUUCAUGUUCUUGUAAAGUGCAUCUUCCAUACCUCUGAAGAUUGUCUACUUGUACAAUACUGUAUUAAGUCUUUUUUCAGGACUUCCAUUAUUGCUGGAGCUUCCAACAUACAUGUUUCUUCUGAAAAAUGUUCCUACUGUUAUUUUUUUGUAAGUAGUUUUUUGUAUUAAAUUUGCAUGGAUAAAACCCACAUUUCCAAAACCAGUGUACAUACUCUGUGUAUAAAAUACAAACUUUCAUACCUUUCAUGUAGUCAAGUUAUUCAAUUUGAUUUCACUACAGUUUUUCUAUAUUUGUAGUGAAUAAUGAGAAUUUGUUGUAUGUUCUUUCAAAUGUCUGUGUUGCCUUUUGAUAGAUCAGUGACCUGUCUCAUUAUAUAUCAGGAAAUACAUUAUUUUACAGUGACAAACAGAAGAAAUGUUAACUCUUACUCCAGGGAAAUACAGGAUCCUUUUAUAUAUGAAGUUGUGUUAGGACUUUCGUUUUGACCAACAAGGACAUCAGUGCUGAGAACACGUGAAGAUAAAGAUGCCUUUGCGUGUAGCAGGGUCUUUGUACAGUUACAGCUUUCCUGUCUUACACAAUGUGAAAACCACCCAGUAUCUCAUAGCAUAUAUUUGGAAUAACAUAGUUUUUUGUAUCUUGCUAAUAAUAAGCUUAGUCUAGUACGGAAACUCCUACUGACAGAGGUGAUCUGCUUCCCUUCUGUUCCCUGGGUUGGAUCUGGCAAUAGCACAGACCACCUUUUGUGUGGUUUGCAGUCAUUAACUGCUACAUCCAGCAUUAGGGAAAUAGAACUGCCAGUUCUGGGAGCUGUAGUUAGGUUAUCCAAAUACAGGUUAGACUAAAAUUCUAUAGUAUGAAAUUGAUUUUAUCUUAAUUCCUUUCUGUUUACUUAAAGAUUUGGGCAAUUUUAUUACUAGACCUGAACACUGAAAUUAAAAGAUUCUCUUCUGAGAUGUUUUAUCCCUGUGAGACUUUUCAUUCUGUACCUGCAUGCACCCAGCUGUUCCUUGUUUCCUGAUCAAGCACAAUUUGGGACUAUAAAGCAGAAAUUGAGGAGCAGCGUUACAAAGAAAGUGAACACCAUCCCUUGACAAAGGCAUCUAAACAGUUGGAACUUUUUUUGCAGUUAGUGGUUUGUGGUUGAAAUGUUCUGUGAGUCUGUUGUUCAAUUUCCAGCUAUAAAGAAAACGUUCCUCUUAGGAAAAGCCCUUUUGGGUCUACAAGGGGAAUGAUACAGUGUGCAGAGGCCUCUGCUCUUGGCUGGACUCCGUGAACCAUGAGACUCCUGUCUGUCCUUGGUCAUCUUUGUGGGGAAGGUCACUGUUGAACAAGGGAAGUAUUGUAAGAAAACAAAACCAAACAAAAAAUUAUAAUCUACUGCUUCCACAGGAGUUGUAUUGAGAAAAACAUAAAAUUCAUGAAGCUUUGCAGUGUAACUUUCUAUUUGAACUUGGUACAUUUGAUCGGGGUGUCACAAACAAGUAUGUUCCUGUAUGUUUAGAUAAUCGGCUCUGGAUAAUGUGGCUCAGACACGGACCUUUUUCACUGAGUCAUGAGGUGUUAAAAGUUUUGUAAAUGGCAAGGUCCAGCCAUAAACAAAACAUAGAUAGCCUACAUCACCUGCCUUGGUAAAGGCGGCUGCUGCCAGCAGGCUGAAUUGAUUCCAGCAGGAUUUGAGUGGCACAGUACGUCUUACCGGUCUUUUAGUGCUUCCGCCACCCAGUGAUUCUUCAGGAGUAAUUCUUAGGUCCGUAUAGAUCUUGCUGACUGCGUCGACCUUUUAAUGUCACACGGAGCUUACUCAGCUUCUGUUUCCUAAAUCAAAGGUGGUGAGCUACUGCUAAUAGAAGUCUUUUGUUUUCUGCUCAAGUUUGAAAUCUGCAUCUCCCUCCAUAGUCUGUCAGAUACCAGCGGUGUAUGUUCUCAUGCUGUGUCUGGUUUUACAGUCUCUUUCUAGUGUCCUGCUUACAGACCAGUCGUACAUCUCAGUCUUCAGCGCCGGUUUGCAUUGGUCAAGCAUCAUCGUUGUGACUGUAGCCUUUUAACUUUCCCCUCUCAUUAGGAUACGCCUGCACCAGUGAUGGAUAUAACUAGAGUGCCCCAGGCUGGCAUCGCUGGUCUGAUACUCUUGGUUUGUGGAAACUGUAAGAGUUUUUAAAAAUAAAACCAACUCCUCAUCCAUGGUUACACAGAAUUCUCCUGUUUCUGGUUCUGUGUUGAAGCACAUUAAUUAGUCACACUGAGUGGCCACAAAUACCACCCAAACAGGUGUUUGAACCCUUCCAAGAUUACUUUUUUAAAAGUUUGAAGUUUAAUGUUGCGGUGACUUCAGGAGAUUAAACCUAUUUGCAAAAUAUGUAUGUAAUUAUUUGUGGUUUCAAUUAGUUAGGCCUCAUUAAUAAUGGAAAUAUGAUGCUAAUAAUAUUCUGAUUAUAUAGCCAAAGAGUAGAUUCUAAUAUGAGUAUCUAGUUUUCACAGCUAUACUACCUUGCCUUCAUAACUGAACAACGCAUAACUCGGCACAAUAGCUCGUAGCUACUAGUAAGGGCAAUAUAAGAAGAACUAGAACAUGUUAACUUCUCUGAAAUUCACAGGUGAUUGUAAAGGUUUGACUUUGUAUCAUCUUAACAUAGUUUUCAUUAUAGUGGGGAAGUGGAACAACUAGACUGGAUGUGCAACUUCUGUAUUUUUUUUAGCUAACAUUUAAAUGUGACAAACUUACUGGAGUACUUGUAUUUUUCGGCAACUCAAUAAACAUCUAUCUUUGGAGUA